GCCAAAAUGAAAUUCAUAGGGUUAAAGUUCGUCCACGUACCCCACUAUCUGAACGACACAACGUAUGCAAACGUUGAUUAAAUCUUUCUGAUGUUGCGUACAACCAAUUCACUCUGUUCUAAUACCUCCCUGCAAUCCGCCUUCAAAACGACACAACUUACCAUUAGGUCGAUUCAAUCCUUCGUGCCGUCGUUUCUCCUUCGACGCCUCGCUUUCUAUAUAAACCCUUUUCCUCUGGCACGUCCAUAGCGUAUUAUUACGUUUCCAAGAUGUCAUGUUCCUCAACUUUUGGAUCGGUUUGGCUCACCCGUCUGAAAUCGAUCUAUGUUUUUCUGUCUAAAAUGAAAGUGGCUCUCCCCUGGAAAAUUCUUGGAUUAAUCUACAUAUUGUUAUGGAGCCUGAUGAAAUCAAGAAAAGAAAGCAAGGGAGUCCUGAAUCUUGAUAUUGGUGGCAGGUGCUUGCAAAUGGGAAGUUUACAAGAUUUUUGGGCAGAAAUUUGCAACUGUAGAUCGCCCAUAUUUCUUUUUCAUUACUCAACCCCUAUGCAAAAACAAGUUGUUGCACAAAAUUUUAACCAGGAAAUGAGUAAUUAUAACUGUAAUGAAGGGAUUUCUAGAGGUGGAAACAUUAGGGAGGGGCAACAAAGAGUAAUACGUUGUUUUAACACUGGAUAA